GACCAGCUCGUGUGCCCAGACAGCGCGGGCCGACGUGCACUCGGCAGGGAGCCCGUGCAAGGACCACGCCAUCACGGGCAAGAUGGAGAGGUGGAGCGGCAAAUACGCCAAAGUAUUCUUUGCUUGGGUUGCACAGCGCAGGACCUUGAGGGAACCCGUGUGGGUCCACGAGAACGUCAUUCAGUUCGGCUCGUUCCAACUACUGGCCAUGCUUGGGGACCUAUACGUGGUCGUCAGGGUGACCAUCAACCCUCACCGCCAGGGGUGGGCAUCGCAUCGCGAGAGGCAGUACUGCAUCGGGGUCCUCAAAGCGUGGGUCUACCCGCUCUUGGUCGACGCCGGCGUGGAUCCUCUCACGGAGAACCUCUGCGACCGCGUCAAGGCCGAGUUGGACGUGGAGGACACGCUGAGGUCACUGUUCCAGCGGAGCUGCGCGUUCAGCUGGACUGAGUAUCGCGUGGCGACGCCGACGGAGAUCCACCAGCAGUGGAUGUUCCUUGCUGGUCGCAAGCUGGUGCGUGAUAGGACGACCGCUCGCGUGGAUCGCCAGGACGACCCAUGGGGCGACGCCGAGACCAGCGUGCUGUCGCUCCUGACUCCAGCUGAGCGUGGCCGCUUAGCUCUCUGCAGUUGCAGCGAUACUGAGGCGGUCGACACGAACCAGAACCCCGCGCAGAGGAAGGGGUUCCACUCCAAGAACGGCGUGCUCCACACCCUCAUCGCGAACACCGGCAUCGUGGUCAGCAAGCGGCACAACUACGUCUUGCACGGCAAGGACCUGCUGCAGGCCAUGGGGUUCCCUAUCAGCCACAGCGCCGUCGUGGCUUCGGGAGGCGCCAGGUGCUCGUUCAGUCACGGAGUCCGCAGCGCGAAGAAGCGGACCAACCGCUCGAUGCGCAUGCAGGCUGGCAACGCCAUGCACGUGAGUGCAAUCGGGGCGGUGCACCUUUUCUUGGCGUUGAAGUUCAGGGAGUUGGGGCGGCGUCCGCCAGUGAAGAAGCCCCGCUCCAAAUUCGCGCAGGCUGCGUUUCAGCUGCGGCAGCGCGGCUCGGCGUCGUAG